UCUUUCAUUCUCGUCUCUCCGCCAUGCGCUAACUCUCUCCAGUCUCCGGAUCUAAAAUACAAACAUCAAAAAAGGCGUCUCAUUUCUUCUGUUCUCUCAGCUUCUCAGUAUCUCUCAUUGUAAGACAAACGACACAUAAUGGGUUUACUUCUUCUACUCUUUGCAGUAUUAUCAUCAUCAGUUGUUACAGCUGCCGAUGAACAUGAACGUCCUAUUGGGUUUGUUUUACUAGCGAAAAACCCUGCGAAUUUGACCUACUGUGUGGCAAGAGGAGUGGAUCAGAAGAUCUUGCAGGAGGGUCUUGAUUGGGUUUGUAGCCAACCAAAUUUCACCUGUUCUAAUUUGUUGCCGGGUCACCUAUGUUAUGAGCCUAACACCGUUGAAGCACAUGCUUCAUACGCAUUCAACAUGUAUUACUACGAAAAUCUGGGUCGACCUGAGUCUUGUGGCUUCAACGGAGCUGCUUGGAUAAGCACAACAAACCCGAGCCACGGUCUUUGUAUCUUCGUUGGAAGUAGGAAUGGCGCCAAAUGGAUCUGCUAUUUUUCCACCACCUGGUACUUCCAUUGGUUCACCUCUACAUGCAAGUUGUUUUCUUGUAUCAGUAUUACUAGUUAGUAUUAUGGCUCUCGUGUAGUAAGAUGUUGUUGGCUAUGUGCAUCAGUGCAUGGGUAUAUGGUUCAAUCCUACAUGUACUGAUUUUUAAAUAAAAACAUUCGAUUUUAUCU